AUGAAUUCGCUCAGCUUGGAAAUUAUGGUGGGGAUUGACUUCGGGACAACUCAUUCAGGUGUCUCGUGGGCCAUCAACGAGGGCCAAAAGAAGAUUCGACUCAUCACAGAUUGGCCCAACCUGGGUGAUUCCCUCGCAAAUCAAGACAAAGUCCCUUCCAUCAUAUCCUACAACAACGGACGCGUCGCGAACUGGGGCUACGAAGUGAGCUGCAAGGAGGAAUCAUUUCGGUGGAUCAAGAUUCUCCUCGAACCCGAAUCGAAGUAUGCAAGAACAGUCCAAGAUGUUCGUGACAGCAACGAGCCCCUCCAGAAGCUCAACAAGACGGCCGAAGAAGUUGUCCGCGACUAUCUGCGCGAGAUUUGGCGAUACACUACGGAACGUAUCCGGAAGCGAGUCGGCGAUGAUGAUUGGGAGGAAACAUUCACCAUUCACGUAGUCCUUACCGGCCCGGCCAUGUGGUCCCAUGCGGCAAAAGACAAGACUCUGAAGGCUGCGCGUGAUGCAAACUUGCCUGCCAACAUCAAGUUGGUCACAGAACCCGAGGCUGCUGCGUUGGCGACACUCCACGACAAGGCCGAAGACAAUGCGCUGUCGAUAUGUCUUCGAAUGUGUGAUGCUGGAGGAGGUACAGUCGAUCUAAUCAGCUAUAAAGUGAACCAAACAAAUCCUCUCGAGAUCGAGGAGUGUGCCAUUGGAGACGGCGGCGUGUGUGGCUCUAUCUUCCUCGACACGUCGUUCGAGAAACGCAUUCGUACACUGGUUGGCGAAACGCAAUAUGCCAGGAUCAAACCGAUUCAUAAGCUUCGAAUGAUGAAGAUGUUUGAGCUUGGUGUCAAGCGAUCCUUUACAUCGGAUUCUAACAAAGACUAUUCCGUCGACUUGAGGGGCGUUGAAGACAACGCUGAUGAAGGUAUUGAGGAUGACUGCAUCACUCUAAAAAGCUACGGAGUGUCCCUAGCUAUGCCGUUUGACCGCAAGAUACAUCUCUGGGAGGAUAGGGUGCUGGAUCCUUCAAACAACACCUAUCUGGCGAGCAAUCAAAUGAGGUGGCUACUGAGAAGGGAACCUGAACCUCCAUCGAGAAUGGAUGAGAAUGUAAAACAGCUAUGCUCGGUAGAUUUCAAUGUCCCGGAGUACAAGAUUUGGAUGGAAACGAGCUACAAGAGCGCUGCAGUUCCAGGGAAAUGGCGAGAUAUGACAUUUGAAAUAUUUGUGCUGUUAGGCAGCACAACUCUGGAUUUUGUUGUUGCAUACCAGAAUGAGCCUGUGGGCCAUGUCGAGGCAAAAUACAUACAAGAUUUCUAG